GAUUGAACUAAUCAAGUUUUGAGUCAUUCAGCCUAAGAAAAUCCUUGCUGUAUUUUUUUUUCCUGGUGCUUUUGAUAUCAAGAUCGUCAAUUCUUUUAUCCUUGUUUAACACUCGGGUUAUUUUUUGUCUAGCAAGACACAAAAACCCCUCUUUAUUCUAAAAGAGAGCAGAAAGUGCCAUAAUAUAAAUUACGGAGCUUAAAAUCAUGUUGUAAUGUUUUUUUUUUGGUUUGCAAUCGAUGGCACGCUUUAUCAACACGAACACGUCCUACUUCAACAUACCAUAAAACUCCGAAAAUAAGCCCUUCCAUGUAUAAGCCCCCCAAACUCAUAACACAAAAAACCCUCCGUUAAAUCGCCCCUCCAAAUAUAAGCCCCUCAAAAAAUGACCUUUGAAAAAUAUAAGCCCGGGGGCUUAUUUUUGGAAUUUUACGGUGGAGCUUAUAUUUUUCAAAGGCCCUUUUUGAGAGGCUUAUUUUUGGAGGGGCUUAUAUUCGGAGGGGCUUAUCUACGGAGGGAAAUUUGCGUUUCAAAAUCGAUUGGGCUAGCCUUAUAGUUGGAAGGAAGUUUACCGUUUUUGCUUUGUUCAGUACUUCAGUAUUUAAGGUCAACUUCCAAGUACAAGACCCCGGGAGGCUUACAUUUGGAGGGGCGAUUUAACGGAGGGUUUUUUGCGUUACCGGUUUAGGGGGCUUACAUUUGGACGGGCUUAUACAUGGAGGGGCUUAUUUUCGGAAUUUUACGGUAUAUAUAGGAUCAGGUUAAUUCAGCUGCUAUAUUUGGCAAGAGCAUAACUCAUAGAAGCCGGGAUCAUGGUUAACAGGAGCUUGUAUACGUCUUCUAAACAUAAACAUAAACGUAAAACUUUAUUUAAACUCGAAUUUUAGAGUAGCUAACAAGCUAAUAUCUUCGAGCUGACACUACAUAAAAACUAUAUAGAAAAUAUAUAUAUACAUUAAAUGCAAAGAAAGAAAAUAUCAUUUACAAUUCACAAUUUUAAGUUUAAGUAUGUCAGGCAAAAAGAAUCUACAUGAAGGUAACAUCCUGUAUUUUAGUAUUAAAGUCUGCAAAAAAACUGGUACGAAAAAAGUCCGGCAGUGCAUUCCACUGCUUAGCUGAAAAGUAAGUUAUAUAUUUUUUUACAAGUUAUAUAUUUUUUCGUUUCUUUUUGUUUGUUUUUUAACGCCAGACACCUGUCAAGGGGUGUGUAUGCAUCAGAAUCCAGCUAAAACAACAAUAGCAACGCCACGAGUAACCGCCACCACGAAAGAAAGGACAAGUUUCAACAUAGCAGAUCCCACUUAUUUCUCUUCAGGUUUGCACGGUUAUAUGUGUCUUUUUGUAUGUUCACUGCGUGUUUUCUUAGGUCAUGUAGGCGUCCAUGAUUCAAAGACGCAUACUUCAAACCGCCUCUGAGAUGAAUGAAUGGAUGGCUAGAUAAACAACUAUAUCAAAUAAAAGAAGUAAUUGAUACAAAUUAAAUUAAAUAGAUUUCGUAUCUGGAAAAAAAAGUAAAACGUCCCGCCGUUGGUCGAUAAAGUACAUUCCACUCAGAACUAGAAUGCGAAAUCUGACGGAGACACUUUGACUCUGACGUAGUCCGUAGGGGAUUUUCUAUUGUUGAAGCCUAGUGUUAUAGGCCCUAGAAACCCAAGAAAUGCGUUAUCAGACAUUAAGUGUUAUAUUCUUCUAUUGACAGAUAUUACGACUUUGGCCAGAACGUCGAGUUUAAGUGAGCGAAAAACUGAAAAAGAAGAUUCGUCCACAGUUGUCAUUGUAGCAGCGUCACUAGGAACAGUGCUAUUUGUUGCAGUAAUUGCACUUGCUGCUUUGGUUUUGCUAAAGCGAAGAAGGCGGCAUAGUUCGGAAGGUAUAAAUGAUUUUCUCAUAAAACAUCACCUGUUAAAAGGUCAUGACGUCUGUAUGAUAUCUCUAUGCCGUGUUUUCCAUCGAAAAAUGUCUACCUGUUGUGUUAUUGGUCCGGUAACCAUACUUGAAGUUAAUUUCAAUGACUUUUUCCUGAAAAUUGCUAUUACCCCGCUGCUUCCUUAAGUUUGUAGUCGUCACUUCCAGAUUCAUUGUUAAAGGCCUAUAAACCUUUCCUCAGCUUCAUACUAAAUCGCUUUACUUAACAGGCUUCAGUUAUCUUAGAAGACUUUAAACAAAUUUCUUUCAUCGACAGAUAGAGAUUUGCAUUAUGAAUUUCACUAUCGACGUCUCAAAUAACUAUGAAUCGGAAUGCAAAGCUGGUUCGCAGUGCACUAUUCUACUCCUCACGUUUUCCUUGGGAUCGUCGAGACCUAGCGCUUAUCGUGACUAGCCAGUGGUGAUGUUUCGGUGUAAACGCUGGACUAUUUUAUGGCGAAAUAGGGGACUGUGAACAAUGUAUGCGCUGUAAAUAAUAGCCAUUCUAGCUGGUUAAUGUAUUUGUUCUUCUUCUUCUUCUUCUUUUUUUUUUAAGAUUCUGAAAAGACCAAGAAAAACGUCCUGUAAGUGUUAUUUUUAAUUUUAAUCAUCCAAUGCGUUUUCAAACUUAUGUUACGUUAUAAACACUAAGAGUUUCUGUUUUAGCUAUAUAUAUAAUGUACCUUGGAUUAUCCUUUAACUUACGUCAUGUUUUUUUUGACAUUCUGUUCCUAAACAGUGGCGGAUCCCCCUUAUUUCUGAACCAAACUGAGGCCUGUAAGAAUACCCACUUAUGUGACUAUUCAAGUAGCCCAUAUGUGCGUUCAUAAUAUAAUGGUCUUUUUAAAAUACUUUGAUUCCUUUUGUUAAUUCAAAGGAACCAGCCAGAGAACUCGUACGAAUGCAUCCAUCCUGUUGAGGCUGCAAAACUUGGGGCCCCAAAUACCGGCAAAGUUAGUCUCAUAAAGACUGAACCAGUAGAAUACGAUAUGGUUAACAAGAAAGAGGGCACAAAGGUAUAUACAACAUACGAAACUCAUUUUAAAUACAAAAUGUACAAAAUCAUAAAAGACCGUGUGCAUUGAAGAUUUUGUUUCACUGUUUUUCGUAAUGUGGGUCAGCAAUAAUUGAUCAAACCAAAAGAUAAUGCGAAUUAUUAUGAAGUAGACUUAGUUUACUUUUUUCCGGGAGAACAAAAUAUUAAAAUAAGUGAUGCUCUGGUUAUUAACGAAAUACUAAUUAAUGUGGUUCGUUUUAAAAAUAAAUCGGUCCGUAUCAUACUCUGUUUUUUUUCUAGACAGCUAGGACCCCAAGUAAGCUUCAAUCGGGAAUUUGUUGCUCUUAAUAAUAUAUACAGUAUAUGGUCAAAAGUAUUGUCGACAACUUUACCAUAUAUGAUAUAAGUCAACCUUUUACCCAACAAAAGAAUCCUGUUUUACAGCAAAACAAUGGAGAUCACGCGGGUGUGACUAAACAGGCACCUUCCAAAAUGGACCAUGAGUACGAUGUGGUUAACAAGAAAAACCAAAAGGCAAGUUAUAAUAUCAGUUAUCCGUCAAAAAGACUUCAUCUAGAAAUAAUGGACCAGUUUCUUGUUGUAUUAGUAUUUUUAUUACCUGAAUGUGGAACAAUUUACGCUUUACCUUGGAGUAUUUAAGAAGUAAGAAAAACUUUCCCUUACAUUUGCGAGCAAGGAAAAUAUUUGUGCCAUUUCAGCUGCCCCCCGUCGUCACUGAUCGCCCGCUUCCAAAGGCAAAAGGCAAAAGCAGGUCACUGAGCCACCUACAAAAGGACAUAAAGGCUGUUAGGGUCGGACGCAAAAGACGUAAAAAGCUUUAAGUCACCCUCUGUGACUUUAACAAUGAGUCAAACAUAGCUUUCCACUUAAUGUAUUUUCUUUCUUUCUUUUUUCUUCUUUUUAGUAUAAUUCCUUUUCUUAUUUAUUUUUAUAGCAAAAGAAAGGAGAUGUUUUAUACGCCCAGCUUGAUAUGCCUCAGUUAGACGACGCCGGAAACAAAACCAAAGUACGCAAACCUGCUCCGUACGCGCCCACGGUAUAUGCUGACGUGAAACCGACAGGAGUGAUAAAUAAGGCGGAACCAAAUUCAAAGCUACCAACAUACGAGAACGUACAGAAAACAACCGUUGGAGUGUAAUUAUAGGUGGACACUAUAAAAUGUCCAGGUGUCUUGCGAAAUUAACCAAAAAUAACGUUAAAGAAAUAAAUUUGAUAUUCUCAAUUAUGACAACCGUCAAGGACUGGCUCAUCUCCAGUUCUUAAGGGAAAGCUUUAGGAACGAGCUCUAAAGUCGAACCGUCGAGUGGUCGAGGAGAAACGCCAAGGACGCGCACUUUGCCUAAUUAACUCGUAUUCUACCUCUUAAAAAAAUGCCUCUGCUGUCCCCU